AUGGCAAGCACAAUGAUCACAACGCACUACGCUCACGCACCGCAACAAAGCGUCCAAUAUGGCUACAUGCCACCACCCUCGCCGCCCAUGGAUGAAUCCGCCAAGUGCUCGCUGCCUUCCAUCUCGAACCUUCUAGGUGUGGCGGAUCAAGGGUCACCCACUUCGGAAGCCUCUUUCCAGCAGCAGCAGCUACAACAACAGCAGCAACGGCAGCAGCAGCAGCAGCAACAGCAACAGCAAUGUAUGAGCAGUUCGUGGUGGAUGACGGGAUAUGGAGAUACUGACCCGGCCCCAGCACAAACAACCAAGCCCGAGACUCGGCCUAGCUCUUCACACUAUGGAAACCCUGUGAUGAGGGCGGGUCUUCCGCCCAGCCCGCCCAUGUCAUCGGAUGCGUCUUUUGAGGGAUUCAACUCGCCGUCGACACGCUCCGUGAGCCAGGUCCCAAAUGGGUCGAACUACUACUUUGAGGCGACACCACCACUUCAGUUGGAGGCAGAUGCACGGCAACUAUCGACUGCGGCUACGAUUCCACGGGCUUCGGUCCAGUCUUCGACUACCUAUCAACCCCAAUUCGCGGGGUCGGCGUACAUUAGCCAGUCGGCCAUCCCCUCGUACUAUCCUCCAAUCCAAGCAGCGGCUCCCCCGCAGACGCAGAUGUCGGGACUCUAUUACCAACGGCCCCUUCCUCAGUCUUUCCCCCCGAUGCCAAUGCCAAUCCCUCUGGGUUCCAACGCGGGCAACCCCUGGCAACACCACCACUACAUCGCCCCCUCAGCGUCGGCGUCGUUCCCCCAGAGCCAGGAUCGGUACAUCUGCCAGACCUGCAACAAGGCAUUCUCGCGUCCCAGCUCCCUCCGCAUUCACAGCCAUUCUCACACGGGUGAAAAGCCAUUCAAGUGCCCAUUCCCAGGUUGCGGAAAGGCCUUUAGCGUCCGGAGCAACAUGAAGCGCCACGAGCGCGGCUGCCACAACUACGACUGCAGCAGUUCUACCUCCAACAGCAACACAACACUGGCGGGAGGCGUCCCUGAGCCGGAUCCGCGACCUGUACCCGUAUAA